GUUUGCCUGCACAAGCUGCAGCACAUUUCCAUGCAAGGUGCUUUCUGAGGUAGCUCUUCUACAAUGCCCAAUGCCAAUGGCUACCUUGGGAGUGGUUAAGGCGCACACUUCCAGCAGGUUCUGCUGUAGGGCAUCGGAGUCUGUUGCUCUGGAUUCCUUCAAGUUAGGCCCCAAGCUGUCCGUAGUCCAAGGAGAAAAUUCUGUCAGAAUGCAGAGCGUGAAGCAGCCUAAUUGCAGCCUUAGUGGUCACUUACAGCUGAAAAGAAGUUAUAAUCGCUUUGUAUCAGGGAAUCGACGAAGUUGCCAGCAAGCAACAUCGACACGCGCCAAGUUUCACAUGCAAUGCAGAAUUGAGCAACCAUGCAGGGUCUCCAACGUGGUCUCCGACGUCAGCGGCAGAACAUUCAAAAGUACCAAAGGGCAGUUCCUGUCAGGAAAGGGCAUGCUUAGCCGUCAAGCAUGUAUUCUGCCAAUUACACGCAAAGUGUCGCUCAACAAUACUAAGCCUAACAAGAGCUGCAUCGCAACAUGUUCCUCAGACGCGCAAAGUCAAGCUGCCACAACAUCAAGGCCAGCGUCCAGGGGCGUUCCGCCAAGUGGCGCCGCCAGAGCGAGUCUCCAGCGCCUCACCACUGGCCUACUUACCGCUGCCAUUGCGCUGUCCGCUCUUCCAGGCCCUUCAAUUGCCAGCAGCAUCUCUAUCCAGCCGAUCCCCGAUCCCACAGCGCAGAGUCUCAAGAUGAGCAGUCAACAGCUCCAUGCUGGGGAGGACUUCGUCCGAGGGAAGGAGGCGCCUCCGCUCCCUGCCGACUUCCCCCCUCUGCCAGAUGUAAAGGAGCCUGCUUACACCAAGCUGGUGCUUCCAAACGGGCUCCGAGUUUUUCUUCUGGAGGACCACGAGCUUGGUUUAGUGGGGGGUCAACUCCUGGUUAAGGGCGGAACGAAACGCGUCCCAAAAGACAAGAUUGGGCUGGCUGCUAUGACGGCAAAUGUGAUGCGGUCAGGCGGGUCCUUCGAUCACCCAGCAGACCAGCUCGACGAACGACUAGAGCGGCUUGCUGCCGGCAUCGAGGCCGGUGCGAGUACAUCCACGAUGUCGCUCUCCUUCGGCUGCCUAGCAGAAGACUUAGGCGAGGUGUUCGGACUCUUCAAAGAAGUGGCGACCAACCCACGCCUUCCGGAGGACAAACUGAAGCUGACGCGCGAGCAGCUACUAGGGCGCAUUGCGCGUAGAAACGAUGACCCAGGGGGUAUCGCCGGGCGCGAGAUGCCGAAGCUCGUGUACGGCAAGGACAGCAUCUAUGCGCGCGUUGCUGACGUGGGCACCGUCAAGGCGGUGACGAGACGCGAUGUGGAGGACUUCCAUAUGGCGAACUUUCGGCCUGAACAGGGCGUGUUGGGCAUCUGGGGCGACUUUUCUACUGCCGACGUCCAGAAGCUGACCGAACAACUCUUCGGCGCUUGGAAACCGCCGACGCCAUACCUGAAGGGCACACCCCUGCAAGAGUAUCUGGACGGGGAGCCUGCUGCAAACGAAGUGGGCACCAGCGAGCAAAAGAGGGUUUACUUGGUGGACAAACCAGGGUUAACGCAAGGGUACGUGCGAUUCGGAGAGUUAGGAGUAACCAUCGACGAUCCCGACGUGUUUGCUCUGGACGUCCUUAACAACGUGCUGAACGGGUUCGGGGGCCGUCUCUUUAACGAGGUCCGGUCAAGAGAGGGCCUGGCUUACUCUGUCUCGGGAGGCUGGUCGCCCGCCAUUGACCAUAAGGGGCUGUUCUCCGGGGGCGGCGAGACGCGGGUAGACUCUGUCGCGAAGUUCAUCGAGAGCACGCAACGGGUUUUGCGGGUGGCCACGACGGAAGAAGUUGGCCCGGAGGAGCUGUCGCGCGCUAAAGAGUCGUCCCUCAACUCGUUCGUCUUCAACUUUGCCGAUAGUGGGGCGCAGCUGUCGCGUAUUAUGACCUUGGACCUGUUCGGCGUCGACAAAGACUACCUCUUCCAAUACAAAGCCGGAGUUGAGGAGACCACAGGGCCCAGCGUUUUGGCCGCAGCCCAGAGACACUUGCAUCCCGACAAACACAAAAUCGUCGUUGUUUCGGAUGCGAACCGGGCUCGGCCCAUUCUGGAGGAGCGGGGCUGGAUUGUUGAGCCCCUCGAGAUUGAGUACUAGCUAGGUGCAAGAUACAGGUCCGGCAAAUGACUUGAUUCGAAUUUAGGAAAGUGAAUCCAGCGAUUUGACAUGCUCAUUUAGAAGGGCGGGGCUGAAUAGUCGAGCCCCUCGAGAUCGAAUUUUGAGUCGCGGGGUUCAGGUCGAUUGCGAUAGAUGAGUUGAAUUGACUGUAGGACGGUGAUGCUUUGACUUUCACAUGCUUUGUGCGGAAAGCGGCGGGGCCCGUGCUCAUGCUUGGGCCAGGAUCACAAACCUUUUGAGUAAGUAUAUACAAAGGUUGAGCUACUAAGUACUGACUGAGGUUUUGUCAGAUGCACUGCAUGUUGCAGACAUCCCUAAUUGUUCGUUUGUUCCCUUGCACUUAGACAGCAUGGCUUGUUCAGCAU